CCUGCAUGCCGCGGCGCCGCCGUCUCUGCCCCCGCCUCCUCCCCCGGCGCCCGUCACCAUGAUCAUCUCCAAGAAGAACCGCCGCGAGAUCUGCAAGUACCUCUUCCAGGAGGGAGUCUUGUACGCCAAGAAGGACUACAACCUGGCCAAGCACCCCCAGAUCGAUGCCUUGAACCUCGAGGUCAUCAAGCUCAUGCAGAGCUUCAAGUCCAAGGAGUACGUCAGGGAGACCUUCUCGUGGCAGCACUACUACUGGUACCUGGCCAACGACGACAUUGAGUUCCUCCGCACCUUCCUCAACCUGUCGUCUGAGAUCGUGCCCAACACCCUCAAGAAGUCCGCCAAGCCCCCGUCCCGCCCCUUCGGCUCUGGCCCACCGGAUGACCGCCCCAGGUGAGCUAAAUAUGUCCAUCAUUCUGUCUGUCUGUUU